AUGUCGGUGUUUGCAACGUCUUCCCUCUUUCCCGCGCCUUCUUUGUCCUUUGUACAAGGGUUUGUUGCGGGUCAAGCUGUUCUCCUAGCACUCUUUCUAGCACUCUUCCGGUACCUGUUCAUUGCUAAGACCCCGCAGGCGUUGGAACGCGAAAAAGCCGAGCUUCAGGAACGAACACGUGCCUUGCAAGCAUCGUUGGAUGCACGGUGUGUGCCGCCGCCUCUCUCUCGUGUGCCCUACGAGCAGGGAAUGGACGCUUGCCUAGCAGAUUUACUAGAGCAGACAGGGUACGAUCUGCCUACAGCGGUCCCCGAGUCCUUGGAUUGGUUCAACAUCCUUGUUGCCGAGCUCCUAUUGCAAUACCGUCGCAGCAUUUUGUCUGUCGCACAACAUAUCCCGGACAAGGAUACUGACCGUGGAGACUUUGGUGAUGUCCCCCUGCCCUCGCUGCGAACUGCCGAAAAAGCCCUCGCCAAACGCGUACUUGAAGACGCCCUGAAUGCGGCCUUGGUCGGUCGUACGAUGGACAUCCUGGGUGAUGUCACUGUCACGGAUAUCGAUAUGGGGCGGGGGUACCCUACCUUCUCGAACGCACGCGUACGUCCUUCGCUGGAUGCCUCUGCCUUGCGAAUUGAAAUGGAUGUGCAUUAUAUGGAUCUAUUGACUAUUGGCCUCGACACGCGGCUAUGGCUCAAUGUGCCUCAACGGCGAUUUGGAUCAUUGGCCGUUGCCUUGUGCCUCCGCAUCGAACGUAUCGCAGGUACACUUGCAAUCGAAAUUGGGUCACCUGCGCACGACGACGGACCUCCCUUGAUCGAAGCCCGAUUCUCCCUGUACCCUGACUUUCAGCUAGAUAUGCAUAUGUCGAGUGUGAUGGGAUCCAAGAGCAAGCUGUAUGAUAUCCCUAAAGUGGAAGAAUUGAUACUCAGUCGCAUCCGGCGUUUCCUCCGUGACCGUCUUGUAUCACCAGCGAACUGGACAGUGCGCCUCCCCAGUUUCCGCUCGUAA